AUGGGGUCUCGCGCGUCGGCGACGCCGCUGGGGGCUCCCUCGCGCUUCGCGCCGCCAUCGCGCGGCGCGUCGUCGUCGCCUCGACGCGCGCGCGUCGUCGCGGCGCCGCGGCCGCGACGCCGCGCGGUCGUCGACGCGGCCGCCGCGCGCGGGCCCGGGGUCUCGCCGCUGUCCGGGGACGACCUCCCGAACGACGACGCGCGCGUCUGUCCGUUCGAGGACUACGACGAGGUCGUCACGACGAUGUGGCUGCCCACGCGAGACAUGGGCCUCGGCGACGCCGGCACCGACGUCGGCAUGCUCCAGGAAGCGUUCGGGCUGCCGUCCACGGGGGUGUACGACCAGCGCACGUCGAAGAAGGUGGCCAGAUGGCAGGAAGCGAACGGGCUCCCGAGGAGCGGGUACUUUGGAGCCGCGAGCAGAGAGACGUUCGCGAGGAGCGCGCAGGUGCAGGCUCGGCAGUCGACGUCCGCGGAGGAGGCGCGAGAGCGCGAGCGCGAGCGCGCGCGGCGGGAGCGGGACGACGCGGAACAACGCGCACUUCCGCCGCGCCCGAGCGCGAGGGAUCUGUACCGCGAGGCGUCGGGGGGAUACGGCGGCGCGGGCGCGGGCGCGGGGUACUACGCGUCGGCGGCGCCGGCGCCGAAGCUUCCGUCGUCGUCGGGCGACAACGCCGUCGCGCUCGCGCUCGGCGCUCUGGUCGCCGUCGCGGGCGUCAGGGCCGCGCGCGCGAACGCGAACAACGCGAACGAGAGGAAGACGUCGCGGCCGAGCGCGCUGCUGGGCAACCCGCCCGCGCGCGGAGGGAAGCGGGACGACGGAUACGGCGGAUACGGCGGCUCCGGCUUCGGAGGCGGCUUCGGAGGCGGCUUCGCCCAAGCGCGGUCGUUCGCCGCGGACUCUUUCACGGAAGGGACGUCCACGCUCGAGCGCGUCGCGCGCCGCGCGGGGCAGACCGCGCACGACGCCGCGGAGAGGGCGACAGGGAAGAUGACGCAGACGGCGGAGGACGCGAAGCGCGCGGCGUUUGAAGCCGCGUAUCACAUCGGCGGCGGCGGCGGGAUCGGCGGUUCCUUCGGCGGUUCCUCCAACAUCGCGGCAGCAAACACGGAGGACCCGCCUCCGACGCCGACGCCGCCGCCGCCGCCCGCCGCCGCCGUCUCGGCCCCGCCCCCCGAGACGUCGAGGCUCUCCGUCCCGCCGCCGAGCCGCGGCGGCGGGUCCUUCGCGGAGAACGCGCGUCGGACGUUUGACGACGCGCGCCGCAACAUCGCAACAUCGAACGAGGACCUUGACGAACGACGCGCCGGGUUCGCGAGCGGGAUCCCGAGGGCGAAGCCGAAGCCCGCGGACGCUGCCGCGCCCGCGGAGGUCUCGAGCGUGUUCUCGAGGGUGCAGCGCGGUCGCAAGACGGGCGGCGGCGCCGGCGGGGAUCGAACCGGCGGCGCGGGCGGCGUUCGCGACGACGAAACCGACGUCGCGCGUCGCGAGGAAGCGGAGGCGGAGGUUGAGCGCCGACGCGAAGCCCGCGCGGUCGAGCAGGCGGAGCGCGUGCGGGUGCUGAGAGAACAAGAAGAGGCGCGCGUCGCGAAGCUCGAGCUGCGUCGCGAGAAGGAGCGACUCUUGCGCGAGGCGAGCGCGGAGGAGGCGGCGGCGGAGGAGGCGGCGCGCGCGUUGCGAGCGCGAGCGGAUGGAUUACGUCUGCGCGAGGAGCAACGCGCGCGCGACGCGGCGGCGCGCGAAGAAGCCGCGCGCGCGGCUGCGGCGCGGAAGAGCGAAGAUGAGGAGGCGAACGCGCUGAGGGAGCGCGCGGAGGCGGCGCUGGCGAAGACGCGGAUGGAGGACGUCCGCGGCGCGGCGCCUGAGGUCGAAGAAGAACCCGAGCCGGAGCCCGAGCCCGAGCCCGAGCCCGAGCCUGAACCGGAGCUCGAACCUGAACCGGAGCUCGAACCUGAACCCGAGCCCGAGCCCGAGCCCGAGCCCGAGCCCGAGCCCACCGCGGCGUCCGCGGACCCCGCGAUGGAAGAGCUCGCGCGUCUGCGCGCGAUCCCCGAGAAGAAGCUCACGUUCGAAGAGCGCGUGUCGCUCGCGAGGAUGGAAGCCGCGAUGACGCCGACGUUUACGUUUUACGACGACGAGAAGGGCGACGCGGCGGAGGCGGAGGCGGAGGCGGAGGAAGAAGAAGAACGACAGCACGUCGAUGAGGCGUCCACGCCCGAGGAGGCCGAGCCCGAGCCCGUCGUGGAUCUGUUUGGCGAAGAGAUGACGCCGCCGCCCGAGCCUGAGCCCGAGCCCGACGCCUUCGACGGGUCUGAUAACGUCCCCACGCUCGGCGGCGUGCGAAAGACGCGCGCGGAGGCGGAGAUCGAGCCCGAGCCCGAGCCCGACGCCGCCGCAUCACUCGGGGAAUCCCUCGCGGCGCAGCGCGCGGCGGCCGCGGCGUUCGAAGCCCAGCUCGAGGCGAUGGCCGCCGCCGCGGACGACGACGACGACGAUUCCGAUUCCGAUUCCGAUCGCCGCGCGAGAGAAGAGGCGGAAGCGGAAGAGAGGCGCGCCGCGGCGAGAGAAGAAGCGGAAGCGGAAGAGAGGCGCGCCGCGGCGAGAGCGGAUGCGGAGGCUGAAGAGAGGCGCGCCGCGGCGCGCGCGGAGGAAGACGCGCGCGCGGCGGAGGCGAAGCGGCGGUGGGAGGAGCAAGAGCGCGCGUUCGAGAAGGAGAAAGCCGAAGCCGCGGAAGCCGCCGCGCGAUUGAAAGCCGCCGCCGCGAAGGCCAAGGCGGAGGCGGAGGACUUUUACGAACGCGUCGCGCGCGCGAAAGCGGAGGCGGACGCGAUCAUGGCGUCGAUGGACGACGACGACGAGCUCGACGACGCGUCUCGCGACAUGCAGUUCGACGAGGACGGGUCCGAGGCCGUCAGGGCGGAGUCGUGGCCGGAGUACGCGCCGACGGCGUUCGAGCCCGAGCCGGAGCCCGAGCCCGAGCCCGAGCCCGAGCCCGAACCCGAGCCCGAGCCCGUGCCGGAACCCGAACCGGAACCUGAACCUGAACCGGAACGAGAUCAGGAACCACCGGCGACGACGGUCGCUUCGUCGCGCCCAGAGCUCAUCGAGGCCCCCGGUCCCGCGCGUCCGCCGAUGGCGCGGCGGAUCGCCGCCGCGGAGGCUCUGGCGGAUAAGGCCAUGGAGGACGCGCGCGCGGAAGCCGAGGCGGAGGAGGCGGCGAUGCGCGAGAUGGUCGAGGCGCGAGCGAAGGAAGCCGCGGAGGCGGCGGCGGCAGCGGCGGCCGCGGCGGAGAGAGCCGAAGCCGCGGAAGCCGCGAAAGCCGCCGCCGACGCCGCCGCGGCCGACGCGAAGGGGGAGGAAGAUACCGAAACCGCGGAGGAGGAAACCCCCUCGCCGCCGAAACCGAAACCGAAGAAGAAGGGACGUUUCGCCGCGAUGAGCGACGGCGACGUCGUCGAGAGCGACUACGCCGCGGCGCAGAGAGGCGAAGGGUGGGUCAAGCCGAAGCCGCGCCAAGAGGACGCGCCGUCUGCCGACGCGGACGCGGACGCGGACGCGGACGCGGUGCGAGCGAACGCCGAAGCGAAAGCGAAGGCUGAAGCCGAAGCCGCCGAGGCCGAGGCGGAGGCGAGCGCGAGGGCGGAGGCGGAGGCGGCGGCUGCGGCGGAAGAAGCCAGGGCGAGGGCCGAGGCCGAAGAAGCCGAACGCAGGGCCCGCGAGGAGGAGGAGGCCGUGGCCAGGGCCGAGGCCGAAGAGGCCGAACGCAAGGCUCGCGAGGAGGCUGAAGAGGCCGAACGUAAGGCUCGCGAGGAGGCUGAAGAAGCAGAACGCAAGGCUCGCGAGGAGGCUGAAGCCGACGCGAAACGCGCGGCGGUCGAAGCGGAAGCGCGAGCGAAGGCGGAGGCCCAAGCCAAGGCGAGAGCGGCGGCGGAGGCGGCCGAGGCGGAGGCGGCGGCCAAGGCGAAAGCCGAAGAGGAAAAAGCCGCGGCGGAGGCGGAAGCAGCCGCCGCCGUCGCCGCCGCCGCUAAAGCUCUCGUCUCCGACGCGAUCGACGCCGUCGUCGAGAGAGCAGAAGCCGCGGCCGAGGCGGAGGAGAAGGAAGAGCGCGCGAAGGCGGGCGCGGACGUGGACGCGGACGAGGACGCGGACGAGGAAGAGGAAGAGAAGGCGCGCGCCGACGCGGCGGCGGCGGCGGCGAGCGAGUGGCCCGGGACACCGAUCGCGUCGCCGUGGCCCGGAAAGAUGGACUGGCCCGCGCGCAGCGCGUGGCCGUCCUACCUCGAGACCCCCGAGCCCGAUCCCGCGUUUUAUUUCGACGACGACGACUACGAGAUCAAGGACGAGAACGCGGACGUGAACGCCGCGACGGAGGCUUUGCUCAACGCGAAGGACUCCGCGGAGGAGGAGGAGGAGGACGAAGAAGAAGAAGAAAAUUUCGCGGCGAAGGAAUUCGUCGAGGAAAGCCUCGGCUCCGGCUCCGGCUCCGGGUCGUUCGACGAGCCGUCGUCGUUCGACGAGGAGGACGCCGACACCGAGGAAGAGAGGCGCGAAGACCUCGCCGCGCGCGCGGAGGAGUUCCUGGACGAGAUGGACGCGGAGCUGGACGCGGACGCGGAGGAUGACGACUUUGAAAUCAGCCAAGGCGACCACGAGCUCUGGACGCUCACCGCGGACGAACACGAACUUCGAACGCCGGCGCCCAUCGACGCGUACGAGCGAUUCGCGGAGGAGCUCAACUUCGCGCGGAGAGUCGCGAAAGCGUCCGCGAAGACGUCGGAGUACAACUCUCGCGACGACUGCGACCCGAUCGACGGGAGCUGCGACGAGGAGGACGACCGCACGCGGAAAGAGGCGAGGGGCAUCCAACGGGAAAACAAGUUCCGAGAACGCGUGCGCGGCGCGUUGAGAUCCGCGGAGGAGCGUCACAUGGACACCGCAACGUCCUCGGGCGACGGCGACGGCGACGGCGACGCGGUCGAGACGACGAGGGACCCGAGGAUGGACAUCGCGUCGAACUGGACGCCGGAGGAGAAGGUGAAGGAUCCGCGCGGCGUCGUCGGCAGCUCCGGGUUCGAUCCGUACCUUCCGCCGAGCAAGUGGAAGUCACCGCCGCCGCCGCCGCCGCCGCCGCCGUCUUCGCCGAGAGCGGGCGGGAAGGAGCCCGUUCCGGAGGACGAGGAGAACGCGCGGCGGGCGUGGGACGCGGUGAACCGCGCGGCGGAAGAGCUGGAGCUGCCCUCCGCGGACGAGGACGACGAAGUCGAAGAAGAAGUCGAGCCGCCUCCUCCUCCUCCUCCUCCUCCCGCGCGGCCGACCGCGUGGGACCCGGACGCGACGAGGAGAAACAUGCACCCGCCGCAGCGAUCGCCGUACUUAUCCGGCGGCGUCCCGCACGAGGACCCGCGGGUGAUAUGGAGCGACGACACCCCCCCCGCGCCGCCGUCCAUCGUCCCGGAGGACGCCGCGGGGAUCAUCGACUACGCGACGUCGCCGGCGAGGGCGGAGGAGGCGAGGGCGAGGGAAGAGGCGGAGGCGGCUUCGGCUUCGGCGGCGGAGGAGGCGAGGGAAGAGGCGGAGGCGGACGGCGCGAGGGCGAGAGCGGAAGCGGAAGCCGCGGAAGCCGCGGAAGCCGCGGAAGCCGCGGAAGCCGCGGAAGCCGCGGAGGAGGACGACGACGGCGAGUCCGAGUUCGAAGACGACGACGACGAGGACGAGGAGCACGAUCCGGACGCCGUGCCCCCCAAGGGCUCCGGGAACGCGCCGAAGAAGAAGAAGUUGACGAAGUGGGAGCGUCGUCGCGGGAAGAAGGAGGCGAAGAGGACGAACAAGUGGGCGAAGAUGCGGGACGAAUUCGUGAACGAGGCCGCGGGCUGCUCGCUCGUCCCGUCACACCGCGGCUCCACGAUGAUCGUCCGGUGGAGCCGGCGCCAACGCCGGCGCCCCCCGCGAUGGCGCGCGCCGCGCGCGCUCCUCCUCCUCCUCCUCCUCCUCGUCGCGCUGCUCGCCGCGACGCCGACGCUCGUCGUCGCGCAGCUGUCGGGCCCGCCGACGUCCACGCCCGAUCCCCCCCCGGCCGCGUCGCCCGCCCCCCCCGCGGGGGAAGACGGAACGUCAACCGGCGCGUCGCCCCCGGGCGGCGGCGGCGGCGACGGCGGCGCGACGGACGCCGGCCCGGACCCGUACGCGGGCAUGGAGGGCUUCCCCGGAUCCGUCUCCGACGUGACCGGCGCGCGGUACCAAGACCUCGUCGACGACGCGGCGCGCCGAUCGAACGAGACCAACGGGACGACGUUCGCGGGCGCGAACAACCCGUACCUAUGGCUGUACGGCGACAAGGUGGUGGAGGAGGAGCUCAACCCGAGGCUCAUCUGCCGCGGCGGGUGCGUGGACCCGGAGGCGCUCGGCGUCCUCCUCGUGUGGUGCGCCGCGCCCGUGGAUUACCUGUUUUGCAAUCGCACGCUCGCGGGGCCGACGGAGACGUCGAUCCUGAACAUGGAGAGCGGCGCCAUCGCCGCGUACAUGAGUCUCGUGCGGCGCGUGCCGAAAGCGGGGGAGGAGUGCAAGACGAUCCUGCGGAAGUGGAUGUGCUACGAGUUCUUCAACCGGUGCAACACGGACGAGACGGAGUUUUUUCCCGUGUGUCAGGCGCGUUCUGUUACCACACUGGUUCCCAUACGACCGCGUUCGCGUGGUGAACGCCGUUCCUUAAGGACGUUUGCCGGCGCGUCUCUCCGCCCACUCCUCGCUUUCAAUCUCGAAAGACACGCCGCCCACCACGCCUUUCGACUCCACUUCUGA